GGAGUCUGCCCUCCCCUCAGAUAAAGCAGGACACAAGAGGCUCGGGCUCGCUUUGCGUUCUCCUUUUGGCCUUUUCAUUGGUGCCACUUCAGCGGCUUUUGGGGUUUGGAUCACCUGGCUGCGGGGAGAGGAGGACGCACAAUGUUGGUUCUGGCUGUUUUGUUGCUUUGCGCAGCCACUUCUGUCACAGCCUCUACCAAAGGUGCUGCUGCUGCUGCUGGACCCCGGCUGAACAAUAACCAGCUGUACAAAUUCAGCUACACCACUGAGCUCCUGCUGGACAAGGCUCGGGGGUCAAAGGAGGGCAGUGCCGGCUACAGAAUCUCAAGUGACGUGAACAUUAACCUUGUAUGGAGAGAUCCGAGCAACAAGGACGACCAGCUGAUUCAGCUGGCUAUCUCAAAUGUGAGGAUUGAGCCCGUGACUGAGAGGUCAGAGAAAAACAACAUCCUUCAUGGAGCCACGACCGAAAGCGUCUUGGGGAAAACCAAACUAGCAGCUCUAACAAAACCUUUCCUGGUGCAUCUGAAAAAUGGGAAGAUAAAGGCAUUCUAUUCCUACUGGUCAGAACCUGCAACCAUCAAGAAUUUAAAAAGAGGCAUCAGCAGCUUGUUGCAGUUUCAGAUCCAUACUGGGAAAGUUGUUGAGAAUGAUGUUUCCGGAAGGUGCACAGUUCAGUAUCAAGCAACACAAGUUCAAGUUACAAGAACCAAAAUCCUGGAGACGUGUAAGACUUCAGAGACCGGAUUUACCACACAUAGUACGGUAUUGGGUGUAAAUAGGAAGUCCAGUUCUGUUACAGUGUUUAAACUUGAAGAUGGUUUCAUCCGGUCAGCAGAGGCUGAAGAAACUCACUUUCUGGCUGUUAAUGCUCACCGAUCCACUGCUGCUAAAAUCCUAUCCAGACAAUCCCUAGUGCUCCUGGGUAAAGAGGCCGGACCAUUUGAGGCGGCUGGAAAGGACGUUGCUGGAGUCGUCAAGUCAGUAGAUGAAAAACUGGCAGCUGUUGGUGUUGUUCCUGAGAAGCUAAAAACCCAAUGCAAAGGCUGUCCUUCACUCUUCGAACAUUGGCAGGCGGCGCAAAAGCAGCUGGAGCCAGGGAGCCUGUCCAAAGCCAUGGCUCCUCGCAGCUUCCUGGGCUUCAUUCAGAGCAUUAGGAAGGCGUCCAAGGACGAGAUUCUCAAAGUUCUGAAAAGCGCCAGCAAGACAACCCUACCUCAGGUGGUAGACGCAGUGACUUCUUCUCAAACCCCUGCAUCUCUGGAUGCCAUGCUUGAGUUUCUUAAUUUCACCGACGCAAAGGGUUCCGUUCUGCAGGAGCGUUUUCUCUAUGCAUGUGGCUUUGCCUCCCAUCCCAAUGAGAGAAUGCUCCAGGCUCUGCUGAACAUUGCUAAGGGAAAGAUUGGCAGCACGGAGAUCAAAGAAUCUGUGGUGAUCAUCAUGGGAGCUCUGGUCCACAAGCUGUGUCUGAAAGGAAGCUGUAAUUUAUCGACAGUGGUGCAGGUGAAGAAGAUGAUUUUAGAAGGUCCUGAAAGCACGCAGGUUGAGUCCGAGGUCCAGAUGUACCUUCUGGCACUGAAGAACUCUCUGCUUCCUGAGGCCAUUCCCAUCCUCACAAAGAUUGCAGAGUCGGAGGUGGGAUCUUACAGCACCAUUGCCCUUACAGCCCUGGAGAGAUAUGACGUCAGCCUCAUCACCCCAGAGGUCAAACAGACUGUGAACAGGAUUUACCACCAGAACAGGCGAAUCUAUGAGAAGAACGUGAGAGCUGCUGCUGCUGACGUCAUCCUCAGUAGCAACCCUUCAUACAUCGAGGUGAAAAAUCUGCUUCUGUCCAUCGGAAACCUGCCGCAUGAAAUGAACAAGUACAUGCUGUCGAAGAUCCAAGACAUCCUUCGCUUUCAAAUGCCAGCCAGCAAAAUUAUACGUCAAGCUUUGGAGGACAUGAUUUCCCAUAACUAUGAUCGCUUUGCUAAAGUUGGGUCAUCGUCUGCAUUCUCAGGAUUCAUGGCCCAAUCUCCUGAUGUGACCUCGACGUACAGUUUGGACAUCCUGUACUCCGGCUCUGGUAUCCUCAGAAGAAGCAACAUGAAUAUUUAUGGUGCCAGUCAAGGUUCAAUGCUACAUGGACUGCAGGUGGCGAUUGAGGCUCAGGGUUUAGAGUCUCUAAUCGCUGCCACUCCCGAUGAGGGAGAGGAAGACCUGGAGUCGUUUGCUGGUAUGUCAGCUCUGCUGUUCGAUGUUCAGCUGCGACCCGUCACGUUCUUCAAGGGUUACAGUGACCUCAUGUCCAAAAUGUUCUCCAUGACCGGGGAGCCAAUGAACGUGGUGAAAGGACUCAUCCUGCUCACAGAUCACUCUGAGGUCAUCCAGCUUCAGUCAGGUCUGAAGGCGAAUGCAGAGUUUCAAGGAGGCUUAGCCAUUGACAUUUCCGGAGGGAUGGAGAUAAGCCUGUGGUACAGAGAGUCAAAAACCAGCGUCAAUAACAGAGGAGCCUUAGUGGUCACUGGCAACGUAACGGUGGACAUGGACUUUUUGAGGGCUGGUGUGGAGGUCAGCUUUGACACAGAAGCCUCUCUGGACUUCAUCACCACAGUCCAGUUCUCUGACUAUCCCUUCCUGGUGUGCAUGCAGAUGGACAAGGCUACCUUCCCUGUCAGUGAAUACUUUUCCAGGUAUGAGAGCCUGUCAUCAGGGAAGAGUAUUAUGUCACGAAAGGCUAAAAAGCAGCUUGUGCCUGGCUCUGAGUUCCCUCUCCAUCAGGAGAACUCCAACAUGUGCAAAAGGGUUUUUGAGUCCAGCUGGUAGAGAAGACAUCUGGAUGUGUCGACUACCAAAGGAUUUACUGGAUUCGCAGACGGUUGUCACAUGCUUACACUGAAAAAGCAGGUCUUGAUUUCUCAGGCAAUGAAAGAUCAUCAAGGGUGGAAAAAAGAGAAAUGGUUAAUGUUUUUAGUAACGUUUACAUUCCUGUGAGUAUUUAAGGGGUGCUGGUCAUUUUGCUGCUUCAUCAUUUCAUGUUCUUACAUUUUUGGCCAUAUUCUGUCUAUCUUUCUUAUUUGAAUAUGUAAAUAGUCGUCUUGCCACAGAAUAAUUUGUUCCGACUAUACCUCAAAUUGCUCUGGGAUGUUUAAUGCCUACUUUCACGUUUUGAGAAUUUAAAGUUAUCUUUAUAUAAUUUACUCAUUGUCUUCUAUUUAAAAAUGUGGUUAUGUGAUGCUUAAAAGAAUGAUGAUGCUUAUAGUUAUUUGGUUUGAUCAUGUCUCGUAGUAGUAGAAUCUGAGAUCAGAACUACAAUAAAUGGAAGACGUUGUAAAAUAAUAUACAAUUAAAUCAAACGUGAGAUUAGAGCAUAUUUAGUAUCAUUUAUCUCCAUAAAUGCUGAACUAGAAUGAUAAACUGACAUGAAAUUAUUCUGUGCUAAAUGACUACAAAUUUAGUACUAAAUAAUUUCUUCACAGGUAAACAGAAGAAGGGCGUCAAAGUGUUGCUAAUAAAAGAGGACAUGAAUUGGCGAAGGGGCAAAAAUGACCCAGUUAUAUUUAAAUCAUUUUGAUUUAAUGUUUUUGUCAGAAAUUGGGAGCUUUCACAUUUUGUGUUUUUGGAUUACUUUGAAAAUGAUAUUUAUGAUGGGCACAUAUAAUAAACUAUGUGAGGCUACAGUGAAGAAGAAGUUGUAAAUACUGAUGAAGCUGGAAAAAGUGCAUAAGCUUUCAAGACCAGAAAACUCUUUCCUGACUAUGAUAUUGUAUUUUUUAAAUAAAUUUGCUGAAUGAGACUGGACAUGUGAGAUUAACAGAGUAAUUUUGUUUUUAAUUGUAUUUGUCAUAAUCGAGUUGUUUAUAACUCUGACAGGCAAAAUAAAUAUCAGAACAUUG